CGUCACAGCACAACUCCCGCUCCCUCUUGCUCCGUUGCCGUGGCAACCCACAGAGAGCGUCUGCUGCUUCACAGCGAAGAGGGAAGAUGGAGGAAAAAAAUGUCGAGGCUGAUGGUGAAAGUGGUGCAGAAGAUGCCUUAGUGGGAAACGUCAAUAAGCUGACGGUGAGCCCACCCGGAUACUCGGGGGCUCCGCGCAAAGGACAUCUGGUGUUUGACGCCUGCUUUGAGAGUGGAAACUUGGGCCGCGUUGACUACAUCAAUGAUUUUGAGUUUGACCUCUUCAUCCGGCCGGACACCUGCAACCCUCGCUUCAGAGUCUGGUUCAACUUCACCGUGGAGAACGUCCGGGAGACGCAGAGGGUCAUUUUUAACAUUGUCAACUUCUCCAAGACCAAGAGCCUGUACAGAGAUGGCAUGUCUCCCGUGGUCAAGUCUACCAGCAGGCCCAAAUGGCAGAGACUCCCCCCCAAGAACGUGUAUUACUACCGUUGUCCCGAUCACCGACGCAACUACGUCAUGUCUUUUGCCUUCUGCUUCGACCGGGAGGACGACGUCUACCAGUUUGCCUACUGCUACCCGUACACCUACUCCAGGCUGCAGCAUUACUUGGCCAGCUUGGAGCGCAAACACCUUCCUUACCUGCGGCGGGAGCAGCUGGGGCUCAGCGUGAGGGUUAGUUUGGAGUUCUACAUUGAUGUCCAUGCCCACUCGACCAUGCUGAACGGCUUCAUGUAUGGAAAUGUGUUUGAGGACGAAGAGCGUGUCCAGAGACAGGCUGUCUUCCCCCGACUGCUGUGCCAAAACGCUCCAGACUUCUCUUUUUCCAACACUUCCUUUAACCGUGACGUGGUGAAGGCCGGGACCGGCAGGCGCUUCCUGGGUGGACUCCUCGAUGACACCUCCUACUGCUACACUCUGGAGGUGUCCUUCUACAGCUUCAUGACAGCCGGCAGCACCGCCCCGGUGCCGUACACAGAGGAAACUUACAUGAAGUUGGGCAGGAACGUGGCUCGGACCUUUCUGGAUUACUACAAACUGAGCAACCUCAUCAAGGACAACAGGCCACUUCAUAUUCAGAGCUCCGAAGGGGGGUCCCCAACAGCCAACAGCACUGCUGCAAAGGCUAUGAGUGUUGGCAGAGACACAACGGACAGAAGAAAGGAGGCAAAUCAAAAUGCCAGACACUAGGAAGAGCAGCACAUAUAAGGCAUUUCCAUCUGUGACUGGAGGAUUCCUCACAAGUUACCCCAUUUAUGAGCUCCACAUUGACUCGGCUUUCGUGGCAGUUUUUGUGAAAUCUGUAACACUGACAUGACUUGUAUUCAGUCAGAGCAUUUUCCCAUCUGCACCAUUAAAAUGUGGAGGAACACAAACUGGGUUAUUAAUUUAAAUUCCACAUGAUGCCUUUGUUUGGCAGCUUGUUGCUGUAAAUAUAUGCGCAAUGACUUAUAUUAUUUUCAUCUUUGUGGUCACUAUAACGUCUCAUUAAACAUCCCAUUGAAGUAUGUGUUACUGUUGAAUGUCAAUGAAAUAAAGCCUGUUACUAGGAACUAAUAAAAUCAAGAUUAGUCACAUUUUUUAAAAUGUGUUAUGUUUACAUUUUUUACUUUGCAUAUUUGUUGUGUAACUGCAUGUGUUGUAAUUUAAUCUGCUGGGGCAACAGGAACACAGUAUGUCAGAAGAGGGCAGCAACAAGAUCCAGUUACUUAAUAUUUGUUAAAAUGUUUCAGAGUUGUGUCACUGAUGAGUCUUAAUUUUGCUUGAGGGUUGCUACAACAAUUUAACCACUCUGGGCUGCAUUCAUUUAGGGUUUUCUGUGUGUGUGUGUGUUUUUUAAAUUAAAUUAUAUACAUUUAUUCCCCAUUAGUGGUAGCUUUAUGCUUGUCAGAAAGACUCAAAGUCAUUUAUGUAUUUAUAAAUAUCACUUUUUUUAAAUAUACUGUUAAACUGAGUAAAUUAUUUUUCUUUUGUUUGGAUAAUAUUUUUGUCCCGGUCAUAUCAUGCUGCCUUCACUUCACUUCCGGUUUGUGAGCGGGAAAGUCCAGAAGAAGCUCACAACUGCGCUUGCGCAGGCGUCAACACGGACCCGACUUGUGAUUUGUUAAUUUUGAGUCACGUGACAGGAUAUCGCUCGGUCGCUGCUUGGCUGCUAUGACAACAAAGUUUAAAAAUCGUGUUAAAUGGAAAUGAGAAAGAGGAGUUCAGGGUCUAAAAAGCCCUCAAAGUAUCUUAAAUGCACCGUCUACGUAAACAUCCGGUCUGUCACCUGUCCAGGUGUGCUUCUGGAAAAUAAGAGCGACAUCUACCUGAGCGUGUGCAUCAUGGGACAGCGCAGAACAACAGCAUCUUUUCCUCCACUUUUCCCUGUGCUGCUCCAGUCCAAACUGACUUUUGAAAAGACUUUCUCAGGCGUUGUUGACCCCGCUGAUGUAGCUGACCUCCUGGAAGGUGACACAACAUCUUUUCAGCUGAUUCAGUUGGUCUCUCCAGAGGCGCAGAUUCUAGCCACGAUGGAGGAGCGCAGCAGAGAUUUCUUGUUCCCCCCUCCCAGGCUGAUCUCCACCAAAGGUGCAUGGAGAGAAGUUCUGUUGAAAAGAUCCCCCUCUUUUCCUGUGAGCUCCUCUCUGUUUGCUAAUGAAUAUAAUAAUAUUCAUUAAAUAAUAAUGAAAC